CAAUAACAUCUGGCAUCUCUAGCGUCGGCAAUGUUUUUAUUCGGAUAUUUUAAAUACCUUUAUUCUUCAAAGUCAACAACCGCAACAAUUCAAUUCUGGUAAAUCUUUUAGAUCUUUCGCAUUCUUUGUGAAAUAUCUUACAAUUAUGGAGGAACAGGUAGAUCAAAUUUUAGACAAAGUGAUGGCAGCUCCAGGGAAUGUUGGAUGUCUUCUGGCCAAUAACCAGGGUUUGUGUAUUGGAGCUAGAGGAAAUGUUUCUGAAAAAUCAGCAGGAAUCAUUGUAGCAAUAUCGGAACAAGCAGCCAAGUUAGAUCCUAACUGUAAUGCUCCUGUUGUUUCUCUGGAAAUUGGGGAUAGGAUGUGCAUAAUACAUAAAAAUGGGAUUACCGGUGCAGUUUAUAAAAAUAUUUAAUAUGGAUUAUAGCAUCAAACUAAUUAUUAAGUGUGUUAUUUACAGAUAUACAAUAAAUAUUAAUCCGUAACAGUAA